UUGUGUCCAGUCUAGGUGCUGCAGAAGCCGAGCCAUCAGUCCAAUGUCACUGUCCACGCCCAUGGCUACGCACAUCAAUGAACUUCCGGUGGAGACGAUAGACCACAUCAUGAGCUACCUUCCGUUGGCUGAUCGGAAGUCCGCUUCCCUGGUGUGUCAUCGAUGGUCGGAGCAAGCCUUCACGUAUCGCUAUCUGGCGAGUGUUCGACUGAGGCUGAAGGAACAAUCUCUGGAGGAUAAGCGGGUGAUCGUUGAAGCGCUACAAGCCAGCUGGAGGAUGUACCGGAAUGUGAUGGUGGACUUCGGCAAUACUGGCAUAGACCUGGUGCUGAUUCUGGUGAUCUUGAACAAGUUCGGCGAAUGGAUUGAAGUGUUUGGCAGCCAGACGUCGUUCACCUCGUGGCAGUUGAAGGAAAUGCUGAAACGUUUGCCAAAGAUAAGACGACUCGUGGUGAACGUAAUCAACGAAAGAGAAUCAUACGUAACGCCGGAGGAAUUCCCGGUGUUGGAGAGUCUGGUUGACUUCAGAUCUACCGAUGCGAUCUUCGAGAUACCAGGCAUGAACGCUUAUCGGAUGAUGCCAUCGUUGCGAAACUUGAGCUUAUGCUUCCAGCGAUAUGUAACGGGAAAUACCUUCAUAGCAUUAAGCUCAGUAUCAUCUCAGUUGAAAAUGUUGGAAGUCUUCGCUGACUUCAGUCGGGCACCCAUUGAGCUGCUAGAUUUGCGCCAGUUGGAGAUUCUCAAACUGUGGGGAACCAAUUUCUUCAUCCACAAUGAGGCACUGCGACAGCUCUUCAUGAGGGUUCCGAUGCUGAGUGUACUCUUUCUACACGUACGCAUGUCGACUUCGCUAUUGCAGGUGAUUUGCGACAACUGUCCACAGUUGACCAGUUUUGGAUUCAUAGCAGAUAGAAUGGAACACAGAGCAUUGUUUGCUCUGCACAAGUUAACGAACUUGAAGAUUCUCCUUAUAGAUGGUUGCCUAAAAUAUCACAUGAUCGACGGAUGUAGGCCACUUCCCAAGGUUGAAACCUUUUGCAUCUACUGGCACAAGAAACACAUCGAUCUGGAACGAUUUGUCAAGCAGUUGCAUUACAUGUUACCGAACGUUAAAACUUUCAAGGUGAUCGGCACUAGAAGCAAAGAGAUGGAUCACCUUUUGAUGCACCAUAUCGGGAAAAUGUUCACCAAAAUCAUAAAGCUCACCAUUGCAGAUUUUGAAUUCCCGCCAGAGGAUCUAAUUUUGGACGAUGGUUUCGACUGGAUCGGAGAUCUGGUGAACGUGGAACAGUUAACGUUAAGUGGUAUCCCGCUGAGGAAAAUCGGCUGUCAACGAGGAUGUAGCAAGGUCACGAGAUUGCGACUGGAGAAUUUCGAUUACCUUUUGGGGGAGAAUUUGCUGCACGUGGCAGAAAUAUUUCCUAAUUUGAGGUUUUUGAAAAUUUAUCGAUGCACGUUGAUUACGGCCAAGGAUGUUGAAUCGCUUCAGGAAGUGAUGCCCAACUGUGUUAUUAAUUUCGUUGAGCGAAAAAGAUAAUCGAUUUAGACAGUUGAAUGCUAGGUGUAGGUUUCGUUAGUAGUUAAAUUGAAAUAUUUUUUUAGAAAUACAGUUGGAUUGCAAAAA